UUGCCUACAUAAACCCAACCCCGCAGUGGCUCUCAACUUUAGCAACAAAAUUCAGAAGUCAAAAAAAUCCCAAAAACAAAAAAUAAUAAAAAAAAAGAAAGAGAGAGACAUUUCGCAUCUGCUGCCCUGCCUCCUCUCCCAUCACCUGCCCAUUUUUUCACAUUGAGGCCCCUCUGAAAAUAUUAUAUUUACAACUAGGUCCCUGGCCGGGCCGGCCGGCCACCGGAAGGAGCACCUCGCCGGAGAAGGCUUUGUCUCUUCUUUUUCUUCUCCUCCUCCUCCUCCAUCGGCGGCGGCAUGGGGUUCUCGCUGUACCCCAUGAAGACGUCGACGCGCAUGCUGUGGAGCACCAGCUUCUUCCGCCAUAAGGUCGCCUCCUCCUUCUAAGCCCACGCCCUCUCGGGCGGCGGCGGCGAGCCGGCGGCGGAGCGCGCGGUUGGUAGGUGCGCGUGCGUGCGUGAACGGGAGAGCAGCUUCGAGAUCGGGUUUUCUUGGGUUCUUGGAGAAGGGAGGAGAAGAGGGGGAGGAGAGCAUGGAUCCCGGCCGCGUCGUGUUCGACUCCGGCGUGGCGCGGCGGGCGUGCCCCGGCGGCGCGCAGAUGCUUCUCUUCGGCGGCGGCGGCAGCGCCAACAGCGGCGGCUUCUUCCGAGGCGUGCCGGCGGCGGUGCUGGGGAUGGAUGAAUCGCGGUCGUCGUCGUCGGCGGCGGGGGCGGGGGCGAAGCGGCCGUUCUUCACGACGCACGAGGAGCUCCUGGAGGAGGAGUACUACGACGAGCAGGCGCCGGAGAAGAAGCGGCGGCUGACGGCGGAGCAGGUGCAGAUGCUGGAGCGGAGCUUCGAGGAGGAGAACAAGCUGGAGCCGGAGCGGAAGACGGAGCUCGCCCGCCGCCUCGGCAUGGCCCCCCGGCAGGUCGCCGUCUGGUUCCAGAACCGCCGCGCCCGCUGGAAGACCAAGCAGCUCGAGCACGACUUCGACCGCCUCAAGGCCGCCUACGACGCCCUCGCCGCCGACCACCAUGCCCUCCUCUCCGACAACGACCGCCUCCGCGCGCAGGUAAUCUCAUUAACCGAGAAGCUGCAAGACAAGGAGACGUCGCCGUCGUCGGCGACCAUCACCACCGCGGCGCAGGAGGUCGACCAGCCGGACGAACACACGGAGGCCGCGUCAACCACCGGCUUCGCCACCGUCGACGGCGCAUUGGCGGCGCCACCGCCCGGCCACCAGCAGCCGCCGCAUAAAGAUGAUCUUGUGAGCAGCGGCGGCACCAACGACGACGGCGAUGGCGGCGCGGCCGUGGUGGUCUUCGACGUCACCGAGGGCGCCAACGACCGCCUCAGCUGCGAGUCGGCGUACUUCGCCGACGCCGCGGAGGCGUACGAGCGCGACUGCGCCGGGCACUACGCCCUCUCGUCGGAGGAGGAGGACGGCGGCGCGGUCAGCGACGAGGGCUGCAGCUUCGACCUCCCCGACGCCGCCGCCGCCGCCGCCGCCAUGUUCGGCGCCGCCGGAGUUGUGCACCACGACGCCGCGGACGACGAGGAGGCGCAGCUCGGCAGCUGGACCGCCUGGUUCUGGAGCUGAUCGAUGGAAGCAUGGAGCAUUGGAGCCAUGCUAUCAAUGAAUGAAUGAAUCAAAUGACCUUGAGACCCUCCUCUCCGUCCUUUCUUUUGCCCUAUUUUUAAUCGCUGUUAUAUGUUAAUUAUGUGCAAUUAAAGUGUACGUGUUUUGUCGUAAGUUGUGUUUGUUCAAAUUGUAUGUUUUGAAGGUGUCAUGUAUUCAUACACGAUAUGAUAUAUAGACGGGAUCAUGAAUGAUACUCGGAAAGAUUGGAAUAAUUCCAUGUAGUGUUGAGCAAUAAUAAACAUUUUCCUCCGAUAAGAUGUUUUUAUGAUUA